AUGGCGCCUAAGAAGGCAAGUCCUGCUGCCAAGUCGGCAGCUUCCGCUGUUAGCCCCAAAGAGCCUGACUAUGUCAAUCCCAACGUUGAGUGGCACCAGAAGGUGACUGAUGCUGUCGACACGAUCUUGGGCCAGUUUGGCAUGGAUUUCGUGGACAAGCAGCCUCUCACUUUGGAGGAGGGCGCGCUUGUGGCGCCCAUGGACUGGCAGGUGAUGCAUGACCGGCUGAUGAACCCCCAGGGCAGCCACAAUGAGGUGCUAUGCGCUGGCGGCGUCAACGUGCUGCGCUGCAACCCUUUGCAGUCAAUGACGCCUUCGGUCCGGAUCAAUGUGCAGAAGGUGGAAGCCAUGAUGAUGAACCUGUGGGGGCAUGGGAAAAUCGUUCCCUUGCUUGAGCCGGUGGACUUCGUAGCCAAGCAGCUGGUGAAUGGCAAGAUGCCGGAGUUUGACAGAAUCUCUCCUGAAGAGCCAGUUCAAGCAUUGCUGGUGUGGGUGGCUAGGCGGAUCCGCGACGACGCUGACGAGCCUGAGUUGGAGCUCUGGCGAAAGAUUCUGCUGUCCACGCAGGCCAGAUGUGUACGAGCUUCGUCGUGGGAUGAACGAUACUUCUGGAGUGUCAACAGCCGACGUCGAACAGCAGACAUAGCCAAGACAGUGACGCACUUGGCGUCGCAGAUCUGCCAGGACAUUUGGUUGUUCAAGCGCCGCAAGGAGAGCUUGCUGAACAAAACUCUGACUAACGCCGAGGUGGCCGGCCUCUACCUGCAGUUCAUGCCGGACACGGAGACGGACGAGGAGCCCAGAAGCGACGAAGGCAACAUCCAGCGAGCCUGCCAAGUGUACGAGAGGGUGCUGAGCAACAAGGUGAUCGCCAGUGUCAUCGCGUGGUCUGACACAACCCAUGGCAGCGAGGGCCCUUUCAACAGCAUUGGCAAGCUAGUGGAAAUUUCAGCCAAACUGAAGAAGAUUCCCACGCUUGAGUACUUUUUCACAUCAAUGAAGCUCGCGCUCCAACAAGACCAGCUUGAGGUCGGAGAGCUGUCCACCAAAAAGUUGCGCGGCGGAGGAGGGCAUGGUGGCAAGAUUGGCCUCUUAGAUGUUGUGAUCACGAAGAAGGCGAUGAGGGAUUUCUUGCUCAGCCGCUGGCUGGACGUGCAGAACAACAUCUCCCCGGAACACAAGGCCUUGUUGAAGAAGACCUUUGACACAGCAGAGAACUACGAGGCAAACUACAUUGCCACCAGGCGUGUUUAA